AUGGCUUACGUAGCACAGGGAUGGUCCCUCAUGAAUCGAGUGGGCAAAGUUACUCUACAUUGUAAAAAAUGCAACACAGUACUGGCCACGAGGGAAACUGUGAUGCUGGCUAAAGUACCCCCCUCCAGUACCCAUUUGGCCGUCCGGGAGGGGAUGGAAGAACAAGUAGAAGCAAAACUUAGUAAGUUUGACAAUGAAAAGGGCGGGAAAAGCACACGGUACUGCCCUUACAUUUUUCGUUGCCGAGAGUGUGACAAACAUGUUGCAAACUUAACAAAGGUAGCAGGGAAACUGCUAAUUUGUUUUAAAAUAGAAAAUAUAGAUAUUUUUCAUAAUGGAAAAAAGAUAACGGCAAAUAAACUGUCAGAAGUGCGCAAGGAGUUGGAAGAAGAGUGUGGAAUUGAAGUUGUCAACGUUACGACGCAUGCGCAAGAGACAGGAAGAAUACAUCAGUCCCGUGGGGAUAGCAAAUCCAUGGUUUAUUGUGACACAAGUGGGUUGAAUCAUACAUCGCGCGAAAUCGAUUCCUUAACGCGUCUAGUCCCGCGAGAUUAUCAGCGGGAGUUGUUCCUUUCUGCCAUGCGCGGUAAUACGCUGGUAUAUCUUCCCACGGGCUCAGGAAAGACCCUGAUUGCAGCCAUGGUGAUGAGUUGCAUGAAGAAGUUGAAUCCAAGCAAAGUUGUGGUAUUCCUUGUCGACCGAGUACCGUUAGCGUACCAACAAAGUGAGAAGAUCAAGUCACAGUUGACAGGUUUGACGGUUGAGACGUUGGUCGGUGAAAUGGAGUCGCCUCAAAAUGGGGGUAUUCAUAAAAGAUUAGCUGAUAACAAGGUUGAUGUGUUAAUCUUAACACACCAGAUUUUUCUAAAUUUUUUAGCCGCGGAGGCCAACCCGCCUGUUCGCCUGUCCGAUGUUUCUGUUCUGGUUUUGGAUGAGGCUCACCACUGCAGCGGGCACCACCCGUACAACAAGAUUAUGGAGUACUACAAAACAACACCAAACCGGUUUAAACCUGUUGUGCUCGGUUUAUCAGCCUCGCCGGCCGGAGAGCUUGAAGUCGAAAAAACCAGAGAGAAGCUAAAAAAGCUCCUUGAGAACUUGGAUUGUAAAAUCGCGAUGCCCAUUGAGUCGGAUUUGUUGUUACAUGUGAAUAUCCCAAACGUGAUUUAUGAAACAUCUGACUGCAAGAACACUGAACAAGUUAUUCUCCAGCUAUGUACUGAAGAUCACAUCGAACAUCUGAUAAAGAGCCACCUCAAAGAUGUACCAGAUCGUCAACGUUUUGAGUUUCCCGUCUUCUCAUCGAAUUUUAGAGGUGCGCUGAGAAAGCUUAUUGAUAGUUACCAUAGUAACAAGAAAUGCUUUAAAGCGCUGACCGUUGCUGAGCAUGCAAUGCACUUGCUCAGUGUUGUUGAGUUUUGCGAAGUUCUCGGUAACCAGUAUGCCGUUGAAAGUCUCAAAGAAUGUGUACACCGCAUUGUUUACGCUAAGUCACCGAAAGAUUGUGCUUUGAAGAAGCUAAUUGGAAGUCAACCUACUUUUCAAGCACUCGUUUAUUUGGCUGACCAAGCAGGCAGGGAUGACCACGCACGUGCAGUUGUCAUGUCGGACAGGUACAAAAUUCUUGAGAAGCACAUAAAGCAGUUCCUAUGCCAAGCUCAGGAAGACCCAACUUCUAGAGGCAUCGUCUUUGUGAGCUUGCGCAAAACGACCUUCAAACUUUGCGAGCAGAUCAGAAAGAUCGCGGAUGUCGCCAAAACAUUAAAUCCUUACCCUUUUGUCGGCCACGGACAAGGAAGCUAUGAUGGAAUGAGGUGGAAAGACGAACAAGAAAAGCUGUUGAAAGAGUUUAAGAAAGGAAUAUGCAAGCUUCUGAUUUGCACGAGUGUUUUGGAGGAAGGACUGGACGUCCCCGAAUGCAACCUGGUCGUUCGCUUUGAGGGUGCAGCAACACUUCGGGCGAUGGUUCAGACCCGCGGGCGCGCGUCCCGUAGGCGUGACAGCAAGUUUGUCGUCAUUUGCAAUGAAAAACAAGAAAGAGAUGCCAGAGAUCUGUGUCUCAAGGAACAGAACAUGGAAGAAGUUAUCAGAUGUUUGAUGGAUGGACCGAGGUGCCAAUCACAAGCAGAUGAAUUUGGAUGCGAAGUAACAAAACCAAAGCUCUUCCUCCCCAGCACAAAGGAUAAUGGUGUGAAUACUUCUCUAGUCAUACGCCACAGCCCUCGUAUAUCUGUCAUGGUGCACAAUAUGGUUGGUGAAGAAUCUCGCGUGAUAGAUUUUCUGAACGACACCUUUGACGUGAUAUCUUCAAAGCCAAUCCAGUCCACUUCAUCGCUCGUUGAUGCACCUAAAAAGAAAACUACAUUACAAGAUAUAGCGUUUGAACUCGAACCAAGCUAUAAUAAAGAAGCCAAGGAGUUUCGCUCAAAGGAAGAGUUUACAUGUCACGUGACAGAAGCGUGGUGCACGUGCCUCACUGACCGUGACGAGGAACCACUUCCAGUUUGGCUUCAGGCCCCGCCAUUAGAAAAACGCCGCAGAUCUAACGAGCCAUUUCAUUGGUUGAAAGGAAAUUCCUUGUGCUUGGGUACUUUUGUGAGUCGAUGCCAUUUUCAGUGUGAGUGGCCUCUGGAGACCUCACUAAAGAAUAUUAAGAUUCAUUUUGAUCACAGCUUUAAAAUGCUGACCUUGCAUUCCUCCAGGCAAUCUUCCAUCGUUCCUGGUCAAGGUGCUGUUGCUAGAGGUCCAUACAAAAUAGAAUUUCGCUACGACGAGAUUGAAGAUUUCAUAAUCGUGGAUUCUGAUAGUAAUGCAGGAAUCAUCAAAAUUUUUCUGACGGCGAGACACCCUCCACGGCUGUAUCGUCUAUUAGAUGGAAUGAAACUCAAACUAGAUGAAGGAAUUGAGAUAGCUGGUCAGCGGUUUCAGUUCUUGGGUUCCUCGAACAGUCAGCUUCGUAACCAUAGUUGUUGGUUUGUAGGGCUCAGUUCUCUACCGGACGACAUUCGUCGCUGGAUGGGAAAAUUCACCAAUAUUAAGUGUGUUGCCUCAUACAUGGCUCGUAUGGGCCAGUGCUUUUCCACCUCCUUAGACGCUGUGGGGUUUGCGACCAGUGAGGAUACCUAUUAUGACGAAGAAGAUGACGUUGAAACAGCUGACCGAGAAUACUGCUUCUCUGACGGAGUCGGAAAGAUAUCCGAAGAGCUGGCCGCAGAGGUUGUCCGAAAAAUUGGUAAAGCAUUCAAACCAUCCGCAUUUCAAGUUCGUUUCGCCGGCUACAAAGGUGUCCUUACGCUAGAUCCCAGACUUCCAGGGAAACAGGCCAUCUUUCGUAGAAGCAUGUUCAAGUUUGAACAUCAGGUCAUCAUGCUUCUAUCUAACCUAGGAGUCCCGGAUGAAGUCUUUAUCAAAUUGCAAAACGACAUGCUGGACAAACUGUCAGGGAUGCUUGUGAAUGAACGUGAUGCUAUUCAGCUAUUGGGAAGUGGAGCCAAAAUGGGCGUGUCCUAUCACAAUAUUUCUAAUGCAGGGAUACCACUGACAACGGAACCAUUCUUUAAAUCGCUGCUGGUCGCCAUGUACCGAAAUCAUAUGCACGAACUACUCGCUCGAGCCCGCAUUCGUUUGCCACCAGCGGAAGCACGCUUGAUGAUGGGUGUAAUGGACGAGUUAAGUGUAUUGAAACCUGGUCAAGUUUUCGUGCAGUACUCUGCGGUUGAAACACGUGAGGAUCGAGAUGACGAGUUUAACAAGAGGGAAAAAAUUGUGCUCAGGGGACCAGUGGUGGUUACUCGGAAUCCAUGUUUACAUCCGGGAGAUGUACGCCAGCUCGAGGCUGUUGACGUACCAGGCCUCUGUCAUCUUGUGGACUGUGUCGUUUUCCCACGUCAAGGCUCGAGGCCACACCCUAACGAGAUGGCAGGCGGCGAUUUGGACGGCGAUCUAUAUUUCGUAUGUUGGCAUAAAGACCUGUUACCAAGGAAAGCAAAUUAUCCGCCAAUGGACUAUCCGUCACUUCCUAAACUGGAGCAGACUGAGCCAAUUACUACUCGCGACAUGACCAAGUUUGUGGUGGAUUACAUCCGGUCCGAUCAGUUAGGCGUUAUUGACAAUGCGCACAAGGCGUUGGCGGACUUUGAGGAAGACGGUGUGCAAUCUCGGGGAUGUCUUUAUCUUGCAGAACUGCACUCUCUAGCUGUUGACGCACCCAAAACGGGGAAGUGGCCGAGUACUCAGGGUAUUGAGGUUAAAAGGCUUCCUGAUUUCAUGAUGAAGAACGAUAAACGAAGUUAUCCCUCUGAAAAGGUUAUAGGAAAGCUCUUCCGGCGCUGUCGGAAGUUUAAAGAUGCUACGUCUGAGAAAUACGAUCAAAAACUUCGUUUGGACAAGUCGUUCCUGUUGCCAGGUAACGACAGUUUCGUUGAAAACGCCAAAGAAGUCUAUUAUUGGUAUCGUGACAAGAUGGAAAGCUUGAUGCGGCUGUACGGCAUCGAAACCGAGGCAGAAAUCAUCACUGGCUGUUUCAUGAAGCUUCGAAAUCGCUUGCGCAAAGAAAAAACGGAAAUUGCCGAGCUCGUCGGCGAAGAACUGUUCGCAAUACGCUUGUACCUCCGUCGGGAAUUCUUUCGUGAAUUCGGCAGCGAUGGACAGUGGUUAAAAGAUGAAGUGCUGAUUUCUGAUGAGAUGCGUUUAAAGGCCUCGGCUUGGUACAGAGUGGCCUACACGCUAGCGGAUGAUCAUGCAAAUGAUUCAGACCCAAGCCACGAGAAGAGGCUAUUCGGUUUUCCUUGGUUUAUCAAUGACGUCAUGCUCGCCAUCAAAACACGAAAAGAUCGACCCAGUCAGCCUCAGGCCUUAGACGUUAGCGCAACCGUGGGUCAGAGCCUCGUAAGGUUGUUUAACGAAGAGAAAGACUGGUUACUUGAGGAGUUCAAAGCUCGAAUAAGUAUAAAGGACGUUAUAUGUGGCCAUCUGCAGGCCGCUGAAUCCACUUCCUCAAUGAGUAUCGUCGGCUCUACUGCCACGCUACUAUUUAACAAGACUUCAGAUCUUGAUCUGUCCUUUUUACCUCAGGAUACACAGGCACGAAGCCAUCGUGCCCUCCCUGAGGUACCACCAGAAGAAAGUAACACUUCAGUUGAGGAACAAGCGAAAGUAUUGGAGUCCCUGAUUCCCAUCUUGAAAGAGGAGACGUCAAAGCAACAAGAAAAAAAAGACGAAAACGUUAAAAAUCUCUUCUGGAAAGUUCGUCUCGUCAACGAAAAGUAUUUCCCGGUCCUCUCAUGCAAGCGGCCAACAGUGAACCUGAUAGAUAGCAGUAAUUGUUCUCCAACCCUUAGCUGUGAUUUUAGUUCAUCCCCAGACUGUCUAACAAUGGCUGCUCUGCUCUCAAGCUAUAUCAAGUCGUAUCCCCAUCUCUUAUUGGUACUCCGUGCUAUACACCGAUGGUGCUGCGUGACAAGGUUGUCACGUAACGCAGCUGGCGCUGGAAACACUUCAAACUUGCUCUCUGCCGUUCUCUUAGCUCAAUGCAUACAAAACAUGCAUUUUAAUGAGGAGCACGUUCUGGAAACGAUAGCACACCAAAUGCACGGUGGCACAAGAGAUGAUAAGCAGUCCAUGGAGUUGGAAAAUGUCAUAAAAUAUCUGGAAGCUUACCAGAACGAUUCCCAAUUCCCUCAGGUAGAGCCCGACAUCACCCAAAUUGGCCAGCUUCUGAUGACUUUUUUUCAAGCACACGACUCGUGUUUUGAAAAAGAGCUCCCGCAAUCACUCGCACGUCUUUUCCGUGCGCGAAAGCUCUCAGAGCGUCUGGAUAAAGAUCAUUUAGUCCUUGUGAAAGAACAGAUGCAACGUGCCUAUCAGCUCCUAGCGUUAUUUGGAGACGCACAGAUCAUGUUAACCAUAAGUGGCUCCGAAGAUUACAACGUAAUUUUUCUUUCGCCGCUUCUUUCCUCGUUCAUAGCGGGCGUUGAGAAAAGUAAAGCUCAAGAAAUAGCGCGGAAGACCGGAGCGAAGAGCGUCAUCAUUCGCCCAAAUUUUCCACGGUCGCGUUCCUCAGCGGUUCUUGAGGUGAAAGGAAGUGAGCCUGCGAUACGAGCAGUGGAGAGGGAGCUGGAAGAGAUGAGUACACUGGCAUCACGUGACAGAAUCUCUCUUAUGAGUGACUGUUUUGUAGAGGACGCAAGUCUGCUUUUGUUUGAAGGAAGUCGAAGUCAAAAUGAUCACGUUUCUCUGACACCAUACGAUGGGCGUUGUCAUCAGACACACGACCAAUUGGCCCAGCAUCUCGCUUUGCUAGAAAACGUCACGAACGAUGGAAUCUACCCUUACCGCUGUUUUACAGAAAAAUUCUUUCAACAACUGCGAUUACUUGAGAGAGAUUUCGAUCCUCAGGUGCAUGGUUGUCGUGAAUUCGCUGUUCACUUUGGACGAAUCUACAUGUUCAGUGUUCCGCAUAUCUUGCUCGAAGAUAGCGAGUCCAUCACUAUUGCAAUGCUAAGAACGAAUAAACGGAAAUCAAGUGUCUUAGUCAGAAGGAACAGCAACAGUCAGGAAGAGUCAGCCCCACUAAGUGUCACUUACGUUGACCAAGAAGAAGAACGCGCUCGGAGAAGGAACAGGCAGGCAAAACGUAAUGUGACAUUUAGUGAAACCAAGAAGAAGCGGAAACGCGGAAAUCCUUCGAGAAGCUCCUUGUUCACGGUUGUUCACUCACCAGACAGAGUGGAGAAUUUUCUUCAUUAUUCCGGAUUCCGGCAAGAUGGAAAUCCCACUGCAAACUACUCAGUGGACAUUUUUGAUGGAUCGGUAGAAUUUUACGUCAGGUUCGAUGAGGUACUCAACUUUGUUGAUGUAAAGCUUCCAAACCUACGCUGGUUUAUGGUGGACGUCAAAAGACCAUAUCAACACCGACCAGAUCACGACGUCGCACAAGAUGGCGAACAGGAAGAUGACAACUUCGUUUUAGACGGCUGGGAGACAGACGUUCGUUUCUUGUUGCAAUCCCGUUAUGCUUUGGCGCCGAGUGACAUCCAGGAUACCAAGUACGCUAAGUACCAGUGUAUACUCGAACCCAGUACAGGUGAGCAGCCAUUUAGUGUUCAGGAAGAGUUGUGGAAAGAUGUGCGACUUGUUCGCCACAACAAGAAGUCUAAAAAGUUCACAUGCGCUUCACGUCAAGGUGGGUUCCUCUCUGGCCUGACAGCAUACCUCAACGAGGUGACAGAAUAUUCCAGACCAUUAGGGCCGGAGAAAGUCGGUGAAUUUAGAGAAAAACACACUCGUUGGGAAAUGUCAUUGGAGGCAAAGCUUCCAGAAGAUUUAGCAGCCAAGGAAACUGUUAAAACGUUCUUAGAGGAAGUAUGGAAGUUCGCAUUUGCUCUAUCCUCAUUCGUAUCGAAGGAAAACUGAAUGAGAUUAAUGUCGGCCAAUUAAGAGGCCUCCACCUGUUGAACAAUUCUUCAUGAGGAAUGUUAGAUUCGCUGAAAUUUUUUUCACGUCACAGAAUAUUACGAUCACUUGAUACCAGCUCCAGUUUCUUAGAUAAAUGGCAUACAACAAAUAAUUUUUUUUGCAAUUUCGAUAGUCAAUUGUUACAUUUUUCGAAACUCAAUCGAUAUAUAUGCGCUCUAAGUACGAUUCUAUAAGAUUAUAAACUAUGUAUAACUGUAUCAAAUUUAGUUAGCAUGCCAGUGAACUCGCUCACCAUUCCGAAAUGAAUCUUUUGUCUGGUCAGUGAAUCAGAUAUUAUAGUAAAUGUCGCACUAGUUUUCUUAAGAGUGUAAUUUUGAGCUUUUUUACGAGAGAAUUCCUAACAAGGAAUAUUCUUUUAACAUCAUGUUUUUAACGACAUUUAAAAGACAUUUCAUUGGAAUCUUUCGGUUCAGUAGCUAAGGUAAAAGUACUGAUUUAGAUAAAUUUUUUCAAACAGCCCUCUUAGUUUUGCUUAAUUUUGUCCAAUCCGGCAGAAAUAAACAUGAGGCUGCUGAAAAACAACCUAUGCGUAAGCUAAAGGCAGCCAUUUUCUAACGCUAUAAAGUGAAAUUCAUGCGCGUGUGGACGAAAAUAAUGUUUUAUGACAAUUUUUGGCUGCUGGAUAUAAUUUUUAU